CCACCGAGACCGUGCGACAAGUUUGAUGCUGAGAGAUGCUGGUGUUACAGGCGGUGCUACGGCGAGCAUCGCUGGACAAUUCCUCAUUUACUCCAUGUGCAGGUUUUGCAGAUUUUAGAGAUGGAAAUACGGAGGCAGCAAAAUCAAGGCAUUCACUGUAUGGACUGUAUCCUUAUAAAUCCAGCAUGAUUGGCAUGGAGAACCUGGGCGAUCCAUCAGGUAACUGGGAUAUAGUGGAGACCAUUGGUAAAGGAACGUAUGGCAAAGUCUACAGAGUGACCAACAAGAAGGAUGGGAGUCAGGCAGCAGUGAAAGUGCUGGACCCGAUCAAUGAUGUGGAUGAGGAGAUUGAGGCAGAAUACAACAUCUUGAGAUCCCUGUCCAACCACCCUAAUGUGGUGAAGUUUUUCGGCAUGUUCUACAAGUCAGACAACUUAUCAGGUGGACAACUUUGGCUGGUACUUGAGCUGUGCAACGGCGGCUCUGUCACAGAACUCAUCAAAGGCCUGCUCAUCCGAGGCCAGCGUCUGCAGGAGCCCGUUAUCUCAUACAUCUUAUACAGUGCCCUCUUGGGUCUUCAGCAUUUGCACAACAACCGGAUUAUCCAUCGUGACGUCAAAGGCAACAACAUUCUCCUGACAACUGAGGGAGGAGUCAAACUGGUUGACUUUGGUGUUUCAGCUCAACUGACCAGUGCACGAUUGCGGAGGAACACAUCAGUCGGGACUCCGUUUUGGAUGGCUCCUGAGGUCAUAGCCUGUGAACAGCAGUAUGACUACUCGUACGAUGCCCGCUGUGAUGUGUGGUCGCUCGGCAUCACAGCCAUCGAGUUGGCAGACGGAGAUCCCCCGCUGGCUCAGAUACAUCCAGUUAAAGCCCUCUUCAAGAUCCCACGAAAUCCCUCUCCUACAUUACGAAAUCCAGAGCAAUGGUGCAGAAGUUUUUGCCAUUUCAUCGGCCAAUGUCUGAUAAAGGAUUUUGAGGCACGUCCAUCUGUGACCCACCUCCUGGAGCAUCCCUUCAUCAAGCAGGCCCACGGCAAAGAUGUGGCACUCCGACAGCAGUUAGCUGCUCUCGUCCAGGAGCAGCAAGAGGCGGGCUGCAAAACCAAAACAAAGCACGAGCGGAUCAAUACUCGUAAAACCCUCAUAAUAGAGAGCUGUCCCAAUGAUGAUCUGGUAAACCUGGAGUUCUUAGAUGAGGAGACAAUAAUCAGUCAUCUGCAGAAGAGGUACGAUGAGCUGCAGGUGUACACUUACGUUGGUGACAUCCUCAUAGCUCUCAAUCCUUUCCAGAAUCUCAGUAUCUACUCUCCCCAGUUCUCUAAGCUGUACCACGGUGUGAAGCGGGCUGACAACCCUCCACACAUCUUUGCUACUGCAGAUGCAGCCUACCAAGGCAUGGUGACGUUCUGCAAAGACCAGUGUAUCAUAAUCAGUGGGGAGAGCGGUGCGGGGAAAACAGAGAGCGCUCAUUUGAUUGUUCAACAUCUUACCUUCUUGGGAAAGGCAAACAAUCGGACUCUGCGUGAGAAGAUCUUGCAGGUGAACCCCCUUGUAGAGGCCUUUGGAAACGCCUGCACAGCUAUCAAUGACAACUCCAGCCGCUUUGGCAAAUACCUGGAGAUGAAGUUCACACCCACUGGAGCGGUCAUCGGGGCCAAGAUAUCAGAGUACCUGCUGGAGAAGUCAAGGGUCAUCAAACAGGCUAUAGGGGAGAAAAACUUCCACAUAUUUUAUUACAUAUACGCUGGGCUUUACCACCAAGACAAGCUGAAGACUUACAGGCUGCCAGACAGGACGCCUCCCAGGUAUAUUGACAGCCAGCACUGCAAAGUGAUGCAAGACAUUGUCUCCAGAAAACUAUACAAGGAGCAGUUUGACGCAAUUCAGGAGUGCUUCCGAAAUAUUGGCUUUACUGAAGAGGAGGUCAACUCUGUUUACAGAAUCCUCUCAGCCAUUUUGAACACCGGCAAUAUUGAAUUUGCUGCCAUCACAUCCCAACACCAGACUGAUAAGAGCGAAGUUCCUAACUCAGAAGCCUUAGAGAACGCUGCAUCACUCCUCAACAUCGGCCCUGAGGAACUCCAGGAGGCGCUGACCUCCCAGUGUGUUGUCACCAGGGGCGAGACCAUCAUCCGUACUAACACUGUGGACAAGGCCACCGACGUCCGAGACGCCAUGUCCAAGGCCUUGUACGGACGCCUCUUCAGCUGGAUAGUCAACCGCAUCAACUCCCUGCUGCAGCCUGACAUGACUGUCUGUGCUGCAGAGAGCGGCAUGAAUGUGGGAAUCCUGGACAUCUUUGGAUUUGAAAACUUCAAGAAAAACUCGUUUGAACAAUUGUGCAUCAACAUCGCAAACGAGCAGAUACAGUUUUACUUCAACCAGCACAUAUUUGCCCUCGAACAGAUGGAAUACCAGAGCGAGGGGGUGGAUGCCAGCUUGGUGGAGUACGAGGACAACAGGCCCAUCCUGGACAUGUUCCUGCAGAAGCCCAUGGGUCUGCUGUCCCUGCUGGACGAGGAGAGCCGCUUCCCUCAGGCCACGGACCAGACCUUAGUGGAUAAAUUUGAGGACAAUUUGCACUGCAAGUACUUCUGGAUACCAAAGCGUGUGGAGCUUUGUUUCGGGAUACAGCAUUAUGCAGGAAAGGUAAUGUACAACGUGAAUGGAUUUUUGGAGAAAAACAGAGACACUCUUCCUGCAGACAUCGUUGUGGUUCUGAGAACAUCAGAGAACAAACUUUUGCAGCAGCUGUUUUCCAGCCCGUUAACUAAAACAGGAAAUCUGGCGACGUCCAGAGCCCGGGUCACAGCUGCCUCCAGAUCUCUGCCACCGCAGCUCGGUUCAGGACGCACCAAGUCUCCAAAAUACCUAUUGAAGGUGGACACCAUGGAAAUGAUGCGGCACCCAGAAGAAACCACCAACAUGAGGAGACAGACUGUAGCCUCUUAUUUCCGUUACUCCCUGAUGGACUUGCUGUCUAAGAUGGUGGUGGGUCAGCCACACUUUGUGCGCUGCAUCAAACCCAAUGAUGACAGGCAGGCACUGCGCUUCUGCAAGGAGAGGGUGAUGGUGCAGCUGCGCUACACGGGGAUCCUGGAGACAGUGAACAUCCGCCGCCAAGGCUACUCCCAUCGCAUCCAAUUUGAAGAGUUUGUCAACAGAUAUUACUACCUUGCAUUUCGGGCUCACCAGAUGCCUGAGACCAGCAAAGAGAAUGCUGUUGCCAUACUGGAGCGGGCCAAACUGGAAGACUGGGUGCUGGGGACGACAAAGGUUUUUCUGAGGUACUACCAUGUGGAGCAGCUGAACCUGCUGCUGAGGGAGGUGAUAGCUCGGGUGGUGGUGAUGCAAGCUUACACUAAAGGCUGGCUGGGUGCCCGACGUUACCGACGAGAGAAGGACAGGAGAAAACGCGGGGCCAUCAUCAUCCAGUCAGCCUGGAGGGGCCAUGUUGCUCGGCAGAACCUCAAGCAAAUAAAGAAGGAGCGGGAAGAGGCCGCGAUCCGCAUUCAGUCAGCUUACAGGGGUCAUCGUGUGCGUCAGGAUCAUGGACCCCAGAGGCACCGAUGUCACCCUGAGGCUGGAGGAAAGACCACCAAGGAGGAGCAUACGGGGUCUAACAGCCCAAAGAGCAGAGAGGCACAUACAGAUCACCUACAUAGAGGAAAUGUUGGCCUCGACAGCCGAGACAGACAAGUGAAAGACAUCAAGAGAGACAAAGGCAGAGCAGAAGACAGUGUAACGAAGCCUUGCAGGGAGACAGCUAGACUGCGAGACAUGCAGUGUAAACAAGGUCCAGUGUUGAAGCUGCAGCAGAGAACUCCUCGCCGGCGGGGCCAGCAGCCCAAGCUGCUCAACAGCCCUGAAGACAACCUGUACUACAACCAGCUAAAUAGAACUCUGGAUUACCAGGGGAGCAAGAGGAAGCCGAGAAAACUUGGUCAAAUCAAAGUGCUGGAUGGAGAAGAUGAGUACUACAAAUUACUGUCAACUGUGGAGUCGAUCCCUGAGGAAGAGUACGCGACCGCUCCCCCUCCCACCCUUUCUAGCGGGCCUCUCGUCAGUCAGAGCUGAGCCUUACAACCAUGUCAACCGGUAAGACAGACACACCAGACAUGUAGACAGACACUCCAAAGAACAUCCUCAGUGUUGGAUGUGCUGUGGUAUGUGGAGCAAGUAGCAGCAGUGCAGAAUAAGCGACCUGUACAGGCGAUGCCCUCAGCUGUUAAUCCAAAGUGGUCGGAAAAUGUUUACAGGAACCACUUACUCAUCAGUGACAUUAUUACAACAGUUUUCUAUAAGCAUUGUGCUAUUUUCCGUGGAGUAAGCCACCACAGUCCCUUCAUUUUAGCUUAGGUUUUAUUGCCAAAAUGCUUGAUUAUAGUUAGAGCUCCAGACGCUUUCCUGCAUGUUAUCGAACUUUUUUUCUAUUCCUGUACUUAACUUGCUGCUAUUGUGCCUCUCAAUGUGGUAAAAAUUUGUAAUUUUAUUAUGGUCUUAAAUCCUGCACUAAAUAAGAAAUUAUUAUUCAGCUUACAAACUGCUGUGAAAUGGUACAGAUGUUGCAUCAGUAAAUAAAUUAAUGACAAUACACGUAACACAAAGAAUACAUCAUCAUGUGGUGCGCUAGGCGGGGAGACUUCAUUAAUAAGAAACAGUUUGCAAAGUCACAAUGAAACAUUUAAAUGCUGAGCAUCCAUUUGUAGUUUUAAUGCUGUUAUGUCAGAUGUCAAAGCUCUAUACCAGGGCUGCAAUAUGAGGUUAUUCUUAUUAUCCAUGUAUCUACUAAUUAUUUUAUUGAUUGAUUCUUUAGUCUAUGAAAUGUUAAAAAUAAUGACAAAUGCCGGAGACAAAAGAAAUGUCUUCAGAUUGUUUCUUUUGACAGCAUGUUUGACCAUCAGUCAAAAAUUCCAUAAUUUAUGCUAUAAACUGAAGAAAAGCAAACAACAAAGCUUUAACCAUCAGAUGUUUGACGUUUUAUCUCAAUGAAUGACAACAAAAACAGUUAGUUUCUUAAAAUUAAAAUGGUCAUUGAUUAUUUUUAUAAUAUAUUUUGUCAGUUGAUUGACCUAUGAUUGUUUUAGCAUUGCUCCACAUCUACUCUAAGGAGCCCCUCAUCUCGCAGGCAGCGUGUUUCUAAACUCAGUGGUGUUAACCUGACUUGGAAAAAUCUACCUAUUUUUGAGCAUUAUAUCUAUUGUCUAAGACGGAUCCAGAGACAAAUCCCUCUGAAACCCGAAACUCUCUCUGCAAGUUCUCCCACAGCGAGCUGCCUGUAGUUAGAGGGGCUUUGUGCUGUCUUGAGUGCUGGAAUCACCACACAUAGCCUCACACAGGCAGAGCUAGACCUCACUUUGAAUUUCACCCUAAAUACAGGAAUUUUCUUUUAAGAUGUGAAGUGUCGGAAAUGCAGGGCUGGCGAGUUGAUUUGUAGAGCUUUUUUUUUCUUUUCAAUUUGCAUAUCAUUUACUGCAUCUCCCUUUGUUGACACCCGAGGGCCUGAGAGGAGAUUUUGAUCUUAAUAGGAAGAGUAGGGUGGUAUGACUGAGGAUCUCAUCCUCCUUAUACUCAGUGGGGAAAACAUUAGAGCUCUGCCUAGAUAGCGAGACUGGCUUCACUUAGGUUCAGGUUCACGGGAAUCCUGGUGGGUUUAAAGAGGCCCAAAGUGUUCAUUAAACCCCACUGCUGAAUACUGUGAGGGUCAGACUCAGGUUGAGACACUGAGGACUGACUCAUCACCUAAACAGCACUGGUUAUAUGUGUUAUUUCUGCUUUUUUUAAGCAUGUGAAAUAUAAGACAUUUCUUUAGAUGCCUCCUUCUACAAUUUUAUGUAAUUACAACACGCUGCGAGUGAAAUCUAAGAUGAAACAUGGUUUCAAGUCCUCUGGUUUUGUCACUUGACAACACUGUGGUUUUAACCCUGUCAUUUUCCAACCAUAACUAUGCUGUUUGCUGUGUUGAACAGCCACAGUGCUUGUAGACUAGAUUUUUAUGCAGAAAAUGGCUCCUGUCAUUGUUACAUUAUUAUCUACUCAUUAUUGGAUUAUUAUUACUGAUGCAUGAAUGUGUAAGCAGUGUUUUCUGUAUCAGUUAGUUGAGGUGGGUCUAAUGUCAAUUUAUAUACUGUUGGGUAGUUUAAUCUAUAACAAUGCAUUCUAUUUUAUAUUGCUCAUUAUAGGUUUUGUAUAUCACAACUUUAUCUACAAAGGAACUGCUAACUACAGCUGUGAAAUACAUGUAGUUGAUUAAAAAGUACAAUAUUUCCGUUUGAACUGUAGUGAAGCAGAAGUAUUAAGUAGCAUAAAAUGGAAAUACUCAAGUACCCAAAAUUUGUACUCAAGCACUGUACUUGACUUAGUUACAUUCCACCACUGCAUCUACAAGACUGUGUUUAUCUAAAAAAUGUGUUUAUGUCAUUUUGUCAUGUCAAUAAAUCCUUUGGUUGUUUGCGAUUUGGUUCCAA